UUUCCUCUGAAUACCAUUUUUUUUGGCAGCUCUGAAUACCAUUCGAAUUCCUUCGCUUGAAGUAUCUCAUAAAAUAAAACAUCUUACCCUAAAUUAGCCUCUCUCUCUCUCUCUCUCUCUCUCUCUCUCUCUCUCUCUCUCUCUGUGUGUCUUCGCUUCAGUGGUUUCCCGAUCAUCAUCCAGCUUUAGAAUACGAUAGCUUUUGCGCGAGAUAUGGAACCCUAAUUGCCUUGAUCGAUGCAGGCGGUUUGAGACACAAAUUCAUGGAAAUCUUCAGCAACUGAUGCAGAAACUGGCGAAAUUACUGAGAAGAGGAGGACAUAAUUGAAGUUUAUUUUUAGUGGAAGAACAGCCAUGGCAAGCAGCAUAGAGAGUAGUAUCCUUGAUCAUGAUGAACAGAAGAGUACUAAAAACAGUGAUGAAAACCUAGGCGGAAAAUCAUCAACCUUGUCUUCCCAAAAGCUCUCAUCCUUCGAUUUGAAUGAAGAAGCAAGUGUCGAAGAAUUGCAUGAUACCACUAGCAAUACUCUCGGUUCCAGCAAUGUUAAGAGAAACAGUACUGCUCCUUCUUCUGUUGGAAUAGCGCAACCAAGGAAGACUGUGAGGCAAUAUGUUAGAUCGAAGAUGCCCCGUCUUCGAUGGACUCCCAAUCUGCACUCAUCUUUUCUUAAUGCUGUCGAACGUCUAGGAGGACCAGAGCGAGCGACACCUAAGUUAGUUCUUCGACUAAUGAAUGUGAAAGGAUUGAGGAUUGCUCAUGUAAAGAGUCAUUUACAGAUGUAUCGAAUCAAGAAGCUCGAUGAGGCCGGACAAGUUCUAUCCAAGACAUACAGAAGGAUGCAACUGAGAGAUCAUGCUAGUCGUCAAACCAUUGGACUAUUCAAAAUCGAGAAUGGUAGGAUCAUAACAAAUAGCAGGCCGUAUCAGUACAAUGAGAACAAUCCACAUCCAACCCUCCUGAACUCCCAACUCUCCGGACAACCCGAUUCUGAAUCAAGAUUCUCAAGGCAGCUAGAAAUUGCAUUCAGUGAAUUCACGGAAAAGAGACAAAGUCCUCUUGGAAACCAAGUAUCUGGAGAAGAUACAAAACCAACAAUUACUAACCAAUGGAGGGAAGAAAUUAGUUGUGAAACGGGAAGGCACUGCAGUAAAAGUUUCUUCAUUAACAAGUCUCUCAAAUGGAACCAUGCGAGAAAGAUUGAUCCUCCAUUCCUAUUUGAGAAGCAGAGAGACGAGAAGUCAUCGAUUCGGGAUCAGCAGCUGAGGCUGAGAAGCAGAGAAGUGAUCAGCACAGAGCUUUCUCUUUCCUGAUCACCUUUGAUUGAUAAUCAGAAAAGGCUAUAUAUAGAGAAGAAGCUGCAUUUGGAUAUAAGAUGACUACUUAGAUAAGAUCUAACUUGGUGUUACCAAUCGAGUUUAUCAGUAUAAACUGUGAGGGUGAGAUCUUUUCUAAGUAAUCAUCUAGGGGAGAAACCAGUGUCGUUGUUCUUAUGCCUUGAUUAGCUUGUUCUGUUCAAGAGGAGAUUAAUUGAGUAGAGAUCUGAAGGAUCUUUUUUCCUAUUUUUGGUGAUAAUCAUAUAUAUAGAUUAUAUAUAGAGGGCUUAUGUCAAUCUAUCUCAAGAAAGGGUGGGUAACAUGGUGGCAUGUGCCCUAGCCUUCGACGAUUUUCAAGUGCGAUUCCAAAUAAGGGGGACUUCUGAGAUAUCGAAUUUGGAACCUCUUGAUUAUCCGGCGAGAGCGUGCGCCGCUGUGCUACACCCUCUUUUGAUAAUAUUGUUGGAGUUUAUAACGUAUGAAGUUUUUGUUUCUUUUAUUUAUUUAUUUAUUAUUAUUAACUUAACAUGUGAAAGACGUGCAAUAGUGGUAACUACCAGCCAAAGCAAUUGGCUGGCAAAAGUUUUCAUUCCGAACUUUGUUUCCAUUGCUGCAAAAGGGGAAUAAGAUUGCUCCACUGGGGAAUAGUUGAAUUCCCUAAUCGGGAAAAUGAGAUUUUGAUUCCCCAAACCAAACACGGAAUUUGAAUCAACCAUUCCAACCAAACAGAAACAUAUAUUUGAAUCAAACAGAGUGCAAAAGUUUCACGACAAAUUGGAAAAAUAAUUACUCAUUGUAAUACUUCUUGUUUGAGUUUUUCAAGGAAUUAAGAUGACCCAACUUCUUAUGUGGAUCCACGGCUUCGUUUAAUUUAAGUCUAUUUGCACUCUCUUUUAGGUGUGGAACAAAACUGGUUUAUUGUGUGCGAUGAAUAAUUUAUAUAGGCUAAUAUUAUCUUUGGUUGCACUGUAGAACAAAACUGUAUUGCUCAUCUCGUUAUGCAGAAUGUAUGUAGAUUUAGAUGCUGCCAUGAAGAGACUAGCAAGAUCGAGAGAUAUGUGUUCGUUCAUGCUGAGUGCUUCUCUGAUGUGCGAACUGAUGAGGUUUGUGCACACUGCUGGAAGCAUUUCGGUUACAAGCAGUCGACGACAAAACACAUUUCGGUCUGUCUCUUUAUAUGUUGUAUCGUCAAGGGGUCUCCCGACUAGUUUGAAGCUCACUCGAGUUUGUUAGUGAGCAAGUGCAAUGUACUUACGGGCUAAAACAACUCAAAAGUCCUUUGAUCGCCCCAACUAAGGAAUUGAAUUGUUUGCGAUUGUAUUUCUUUGUCCGUUACAUGCUCAAUUUUCUCAGAUUUUGUUAUGCCUUGCAGCUUAUAUGCCUCAUUUGAGCCUCUUGGAUGGAGACCUAUCGGAGGAAGAGAAGAAGGCGGUUCAAGAGAAGGCUAAUUUAAUUCCCUCUACGAGACCAUCAGCAGCCUCAGCUUCCGAAACUCUCGCCUUGCACUCUACAAGAUCAUCACGGAGGGUAAGACCUGCCUUUCAUGGGAAAAGGUUACCGAGCGCACUCUCAGCUCAUCUGAAAUCUUCCUGUCAGAGGGAAUUUGGAGGGAGAGUGAUUUUCAUUUAACCUUUCAAUUCGGAAAAAUUUCAAGGAAUUGAAACCGCUGAAAGUGUGUUUAAAGAGUGAAAAACGAAUUUCAAGGUACAUCUCCAUCGCCAUUCUCGUUUCAUGUAAGAGUACAUUUUCUAAGCCAUGUCCUGAAUGGACUAUAAUUACAGUGAUACUUUAAGGGGGGUGUUCUCUACCUUUGUAUCUGUACCGGU